AUGUCAGCUAACCACAUAUGCACCGAGCCUACCGUUCCUGAUCCUACAGAUGGACAACUCCCAACGUCAGCCAGCUCAAUGGACCUAAUUCACCUCAACGAGUCCUUCAUGACACCAGCAAUAGGAAGACUUCAACGCCUCGGUCACCAACUACAGCGCAACAUGGCCAGCCAAACCACCGUGCCCGCCGCCCCAUGGCGAGACGCAUUUCUCUCACAGAUCGAACAACUCAAACAGCCAGCAUUCACACUCAGCUCCCUACACAACAUAUCAACAGCCUCAGCACCUCAACUCGUCCCCCGAGCCCGCACAGUAAUAUACAGAGGCACAUGGGCCUCCCUAACGCCCAACCCCAAAAACCCAGCUCCUCUCAACCCCCCAGCCUACGAAACCGACCUCCCAACCAUCACCACCGACGCACGCAUGCACAAAGUCACCGAGUUAUUUCCAACAGCCGAGCAAUCCUCCGUCGGCGGCCCCGUAGAAGCAGUAUUCUGGAUCCCCGACUCCAUGACCCAAUGGCGCAUCCGCGGCCGCGUCUGCAUGAUUGGUCCUGAUAUCGAUGCUCCCCAGGGGAUAUCCACGCGAGAUUUCCUCACGCCGUAUAUGAGACGGCGAGGGGAUGUGAGUUCCUGGAGUUGGAGCCGCGAAUUAACUGCACAAUUUGGGAACUUGAGUCCCUUUAUGAGGGGAACAUUUCGGAAUCCUCCGCCGGGAACACCAAUCUCACAAAGUCCCGGGGGGGGAUUGGGGCUGGGACAGACUGUGGAAGAUUUGGAGGAUGGGGUUGCGAGGGAGAAUUUUAGGGUUUUGGUGAUUGUGCCGGAGGAGGUGGAUAGGGUUGAUUUGACGGAUCCAGAGAGGGGGAGACGCUGGGAUUAUAGGUUGGAGGGGAGGGAGUGGAAGGAGCGGGAGCUUUGGCCAUGA